AUGCAGCUUGUAGAUCGAGGCAACGCCCUCUCCGCGACGGAGCAUCCCACCCAAAUAGCAGGACGACUCUACCACACGGACUCUCGAAAUGAGCCUCACAUGAGCAAAGAAAUUGCGUUGAGCGACAGAGUUAUACUGAAAAUCGGGCGAGACCAACUCGCAAAUUCGUUUUCGAUUGGUCAAGAUGCGGAAAACUAUGUAUCGAGGAAGCACUGCGAAGUCUACGUCGUCCUCUACGAACUCGGUAUAAGUCAUGUCUACGUUCGAGAUCGCAAAUCUUGCAAUGGGACCUUCGUAAACGGCCUCUGCAUCGGAGACUCGCAUCGAAUGUCACCAGGUUACUUAUUGACCGACGGCGACAUAAUUGAGAUUCGACCUUACUGGCAGUUUCUGUUCAAGCAGGAGACUCUUGCGCCGGAAGACUCCCUCAACAAGCUACAAAUGCAGGAGUCACAGCUUUUUAAAGAAAAGUACACGAUUAAGCCUCGUGUGCUAGGCGCUGGGAGCCAAGGUUCGGUCCACCUUGCCGUCAAUACGGCUUCCAAGACGCAGCUCGUGUGCAAAAUCAUAAAUUUGAAGCAAGCAGGUACCCGUGGGCAACAGCCGUCAUCUCAAAAACUGUUACAAGAGUCCGACAUACUUCGACAACUAAAACAUCCCAACAUCCUCACUUACGUCGACGCCGUGUGGUCGCCUCAUACCCUGUAUCUUUUUACGGAAUUGGCCUCUGGGGGUGAUUUAUUGUCGUACAUCAAUCAGCAUGACUCAAUUCCAGAGUUUGACACGCGCAUUAUCGUGAGACAGAUAACUCGAGCCCUCCAUUGGCUGCACCAACGCAACAUUCUUCACAGAGAUCUAAAGCCGGAGAACGUACUUUUCGCAUGCUCGCCUAAGAUUGCCUACCAAAGAGUCAUGCUAUCUGAUUUUGGUUCCUGCGCACUAGCUCUCAGUAAUAAACUGAAAACCAAUGUCGGAACGCAAAACUUUCAAGCACCCGAGGUCAUCAAAGGCGAGAAGCAGACCACCGCUGCUGACAUUUGGUCGCUUGGCAUAAUCUCCUUGCUGCUAGUUUCCGGCUGCGGACUUGAUGGGAUCGAUGGUUUAGUACGGCUGGACCAGAGCGCUCUUCGGAUUAUUCUACACGAUCUGCUUAGCCACUGCCCAAAAGCGUCCGUCAAUGCAAAGAGCUUUGUCCUGAGUUGCAUGAAGACCAAGGCAAGCGAUAGAAUCACCUCUGACGAGGGCGAGCGGCCGCUGCCCACGCAGUUGCCGGAUGUUCUGGAGCAGAGCCAGCCACGUCGCCUCUCCGACACCGUCGACUUUCAGCAGCUAGCAAUUGCGCAGUACGUGCAGAUGGGUAGGGCCAAGGUCGCGCAGGACUCGUCGGUCAUGCCCAACAAUAACAGGCAGCGAGUAGUCAAGGUUCGGCGUCAAGCUCAACAAUCCUCGAAUCACGCCAACAAGCCUCCCAAAGGCCGCGUCCAUGAUGGCCGUGUGGAAAUCCUGCAAAAGCUGAAGAGUACGAAUACAAGGUUUUUGAAGGACUGA